CAAAUAGAAAUAUAAAAAAAAAAUAAGUAAUUCAAACUUGGAAAUAAAAUCACUCCACCAGUAUCGUAUCGAACGUAAAAGAAGAGACAAUUCUUCAUAUCUAAGGAAUGUACUUUUUUUGUGAUUUUUUAAUUUUUAUCUGUUUAUUUGUUAGUGGUUUCCAGUAUGGCUAUUAUUGCAAAUACACGUACAUUUAUCGCAGUUUAUGGAUUAAUUGGUGUGUCCUGUUUGGUGUUCUGCUGUGUCUCCUUUUAGCCGUAGGUUGGACUUUGCGAAAAUAUAAAAAGAGGAAAUAUCUAUAUGAGAAUUUCUAUAUUGUAUUUUAUGGUCUGAUAUGUAGUGUUAUAAGUGCAGUCUUCCUUAUAACGGAGAAUACGGAUAUUUCAUUCUACUUCAUAUUCAUGGCGAUGGUUGUAAUUUACCUACCCUGCUAUAAUUACAUUUCACUGCGUUGUGAUUCCCAUGGUUCAAGGCCGGCCCGCAUUGCACUUGGCAAUACUAUAUAUUUUUCUGGUCUAACUGCUGGCUUUUCAAUCUUUAACGAAUUGGAGCCGAAACGAUGUGCUUGGGUACUCUUUGGAAUAUCUCUGUUUGCUAUAGUCUGCAUUAUUGUCAAUGAAGUUUUGCAACAAUAUCAUAUUCAAGAUUACAAGAGCUCCUGUGAUCUAGUCUUUAAUUUGUUGAAUGAAGAGGAAUUGAUCUAUGCUCCCAGAAAAUCAAUAAUGGCCCUUUUUGUAGGUCGGGAUGAUUACUGCUUUAAGCGCAACAUUCAAUGGUUGGUGGUAGGUUUGGCAGCGAUUAUUACAAUAGACAAGUGCUGUUUUUAUUCAACGACACAUCUGAAUCUAAUGUACAGUUCCACCCGUGGUUACACAGAGAGUAAUCCAUUGUAUUUGCCAUAUAUAUUGUAUGUCAGUGGUUGUGCUAUAGGCUAUAUCUUAAUGCUGCGCUAUAAGCCGAAACUGAUUUACCUAAUGUUUGGCUUAAUUAAAAUUACAAUUGCGACUGCUGUAUUGGGUGUAUAUAACGAUGAAUUCCCAGAGCAUUGCUUCAUUUUAUUAUGCUUCUAUUAUAUCAGCAUGGGUGUUUAUUCCAGUAUAAGCAUACAAAUGUUGGUGGAAUGUUCACCGUUUCUUUACACAGAACUGACUUUGGCUGUAUCAUACUCGCUGGAACUAAUCUUAAUGGAGAGUAGUAAGUUUGAGAUUGUGAAUGAGUAUGAAAACGACUGGAAGAUGCUGUUAGUUAUGAGUGCGAUAGCUAUUUGUCUAACAAUUUGCAGUAUUUGCUUGAUACAGUUUUACUUGGUUGAUUCGGCAGGUCUAGUUGAAAUACGCAAUCGGCUGUUGGGCAUACACAGGUUACCAGUGAAGUCAUACGAGAAUAAAUUAUUUAAAAACAAUUUCUUUCUACAAAUGGAAAUUCCGCCAAAUGUUUCGAGCGUUGUUCUAGAGAAUAACCGCGUAUUUCAGCAAUAUCCAGCGGAAGAUGAAAAGAAAUCUAAAUUUUAAGCAUAUAUUUCUUAAAAAAAAAAAUUUAAUAAAUUUUUGUAACUAAAUAUCGUCCCCUUAAUAAAACAAUAGUGUAUAAUUUGUUUGCCAUUUCGAAAUAAUUGAGUUAAAAAUGUUUGUGUUAGUAGACUUCUAGAACAAAAGUAAUAUUUCAAUUGAUCUUUUGACACAUUUUGUUGAAGUAGAAUAUCACCAAAUUUUGACCACAUAUAGAAUCAGUUAUGUAUCAGUUAUUGUUUUAUUGAGGGGACGAUAUUAAAUAAUUUAUACAUAUAUCAUUUAUUUUGCAAUAUGAACAUUAAAAAAUCACUUGGGAUUGGAUUGGUCCAAUUUUGUUCUUCAAUAUCUUUGAGUAUCAAAUAAAUCAAAUAUACUAUA